AUGUCUCCUGCCGCCGCGAGCGAGCGGCGCAAAGAGGCAGCGUCGCGCAUGCUUUUCAAGACAAGACAUCCGUCCUUUGACUCUGCCGGCGGCUCUGUCGAGCUCGGGCCGCGCUCGCAGGUGAAGAAGUCGGCGGUGGGGCCGCACUGCCGGCUCGGCGCGGGCGUGCGGCUGACCAACUGCGUGCUGAUGGAGGGGGUGGUGGUACACGACAAGGUGCACAUGUCGAACUGUAUCCUCUGCCGCGGCGCCGAGGUGCACGAGGGCGCGACGCUCAAAGACGUGCAGGUGGGGAGCAAUGUGAGCGUCGAGGCAGGCGCGAACGUGAAGAGCGAGGCGCUCACCGCCGAGGCGGUGUCGCUCCACGAGCGCUUCAAGGCGGUCUGGCGGCAGAGCUGGUACCCUGAGAGGGACGGGAGCACAUGGGUCACCGCGCGCAGCCAGUGCUCCGAGUCCGAUGGCGCCCUCUACGACGCGCACAUCCGGGCGGUGGCCCUCGGCAGGUAUCCGCCCGAGCUUGACGGCGCGGAUGCCGCGAAUCUCAAGAAGGCAGUGUUCGCCGCCCUGUGCGACGCGCUGUUAACUGACCUGGCGGUGCGCCGUGCGGCGGAGGAGCGCGUCUCCUCACUCAGCGCGCAGCCCGGGUUUGUGGUCAGCCUUGUCGAGGUGCUGCUCGAGCCGCAGGCGGAGGCGGCGGCACGGCAGCUGGCAGCUGUUGUGCUCAAGAACUUCUUGCGCACGCACUGGUGCGAGGCGGCCGUUACUUUCACGCCUCCACUCGUCUCCGACCACGAGAAGGCGGCGGUGCGCGCUGCACUACCGCGAGGCCUGUCGGACAGGGUGCCGCGUAUCCGCACCGCCGUCGGCGUCGCUGUGGCAACCAUCGCGCAGUGGGACUGGCCCGACGAGCUGGCCCUUCCGCUGAUUGGGACGAGCUCCCCUCCGACCGGCUCCGAGGCGUGCGGCGGCCCGGGCGGCGAGCCAGAGGACCACUCCCUCUCCAUCGCGCUGCUGCGGCUGUUGCAGCUGCUGCUCUCCUCGUGGCCCGCCUCGCUGCCGCCCGCGCGGUGCUCGCUCCUGCCGCCGCUCGGCGCGCUCCUGUCUGGCGCGCUGCAGACCUUCCAGCAGCGGCUGCUGUGCGACGCCGCCAGCCUGGGCGAGGAGGGGGCCGACUCCGACGGCUCCUCGCUCGGGCUCGAGGCGCUCGUCUCGCACGUCUUCGACGUCCUCGCCGCGAUGGCCUCCUCCUCGCGCCACCACAAGCUGCUGCUGCCGGCGCUGCCGCAGCUGCUCCACGGCGCGAUCGCCUUCACGCAGCUGCCCGCGUGGGCCGACGACCUGCAGCAGUACCUCCUCGACGAGGAGGACGACACCUUCGCCUGCUCACUCCGCGUCGCCGCGCAGCAGCUGCUCGAGGAGCUCGUCGACAGCUGCGGCCGGCGUGUCGUCACGCCGCUCUGCGCCGCCGCGGACGCAGCGCGCGCACUCGCAGCAGGCGGCGGCGCGGACGCGCCCGCCGCCGCGGCAAGCUGGUGGCGGACGCGCGAGGCGUCCCUCAUCGCGUUGGGCCUUGCUGCGCCGUCGCUGCUGCGCGCGGGUCGCGCUCACGCUAAGCGUGGCGAUGCCGCGCCGCCCCCGCCGGUGACGGCCGAGAGGCUGCUCUCCGAGCUCUUCCUCCCUGACGUGGCCCCCGCCGCGCCGCCGCUCCUCCGCGCCCGAGCGCUCUGCACCGCGGCACUCUUCUCCCCCGGCGCGUCGGCGGCGGCGACCCACCCGCUGCUGGCCCUCGCCCUCGCCCCCUCCGCGCUGCCCGGCCUCGUGGAGAAGCUCCUUCCGGUCAUCGGCCUCGUCCUCACCCUGCAGAGCACGGCCGACGCCAGCGCCGCCGCGAGUGCGGCGGCAGCCGGCGAGGAGUGGGACGAGGACGAGCCGCUCGACCCGACACAGCCCGCCCUCGAGCUGCUCAGCGCCGUCGUCCUCAAGCGCUGGCCCUGCGGCACGCCACUGCCGGCGGCGGCGGCGGGCGAGGCCCUCCCAGCGCUGCUGCGGGUGCUCGGCGAGGAGGCCGUGCACCACUCCGCGCGCCUGUUCUGCGACCUGCUGCGCGGCCAGGCGGCGCCCGCGAUCGCGCCCGCCCUCGGCGACCUCGUCGGCCUCGCCGUGGCGUGGCUGCGGCGCAAGACCCUCUUCGGGCUCCGCCUCGCCCUCCUCUCCUUCCUCGCGCAGGCCGUGCUCGCGCUCGGCGCGGAAGCGACGCUCGGCAGGCGCGCCACACACCGACGGAGCGCCGCCUCUGCCGCCGCCGUCCUCCGACCCCCCUCCCUUCCCCUCCCCGACAACAGGCUCGCCGCUGACGAGGCCGCGAGGCUUCCCCGACGAGGUCGGCCCGAGCUCGACGGAGGCGACACCCAGCCCGCGGUGCCGCUGGUGCUCCGCGCGUGGGUCGCCGUCUCUGGCUGCUCGCCUGUCGAUGCCAUCCCGGACACCGCACAGCCGCCGGCGCGGCGGGAGCUGCUCGUCGUGCUGAUGCGGCUCCUCACUGCGCCCGCGCCGCCCGCGCCGCCGCCGGCCGAGCUCUGGCACCUCUCGGUCGCGGGAGACGCGCAGGUUGAUGCGAGGGAGGCGAGGUUGACACGCGCAAAGGCGCGCAGGAUUCGGGAAGCUGGGUUAGGGCUACCACUUCCCCACCAGCCCCAGCUGCCGCUCUUGGUGCGCGCGUUCCAGCUGCUGGCGCGCGAGCUCGCCUGUCCUCCUGCCUCCGGCGCGGAAGGGCGAAAGGCGCGGCUGGCGUCGUCGGCUUGGGGCGCACUGGGCGGCUACGGCGUCGGCGAGAGCGACGAGAGCGACGUGACCGCGUCCGACGAGGAGGAGGAGGGCGAGGAGGGCGAGGAGGGCGAGGAGGGCGAGGAGGGCGAGGGAGGGGGCGCGCGGAGGUCUCCUUUUGUGCCCCUGGACGAGGUGAGCUCUCACGGCCUCGAGGCGGGCGAGGUCAACCUCUCCUCGCUGCUCGACUCGGAUGGGGAGGACUUUGAUGACGACCACGACGACGACGACGACGACGACGAUCGCGCCGGUGGCGAGAUGGGCGGCGGGGGCGGCGAUGCGGACGGUGCUGAGGCCCUCAACCUUGGAGCGGAGUCGGCGUCUUUUGUGCGGUCGGUUGCGGCACAGCUUGGCCAGGGCCAGUUCGAGCAGCUCUGCGCACAACUGUCGAGCGCCGAUGAGCGGAGGGCGGCGCAUUUUGGAUACCGCGAGUCGGUGUGCCCGGUGCCGAGCCGCGAGCGCUACAAGAAGUUCGUGAAGUACCUCUCCAAGGAGCUCAAGGCGAAUGGCAAGGCUUUCGAUUUCACGAUCGCGGGCGCAAAGUGGGCCUCGCAGGAGGAGGGCCACGAGUUCAAGUUCGAGUUCGGCGAGGCCUGA